UCAGUUCUCAGUUUCUUCCUAGGAAGAGAGGAAGGCCCGCAAAGGUCUCGGCCUGUCUGGGAGUGUCAGAUUUCAAACUCAGCAUUAGCCACUCAGAGAGCAGUGCGAUGCUGGGGACCUGCCUCAGACUCCUGGUGGGUGCUCUGUGUGGUGCCUGCAGCUUGGGCACUGUUGGAGCCUACCCUGACACCUCCCCUCUGCUUGGUGCCAGCUGGGACGGCCUGACUCACCUGUACACGGCUACAGCCAGGAACAGCUAUCACCUACAGAUCCACAAGGACGGCCACGUAGAUGGCACACCCCAUCAGACCAUCUACAGUGCCCUGAUGAUCAGAUCAGAAGACGCCGGCUUCGUGGUCAUAACAGGAGCCGCGACUAGAAGGUUCCUUUGUAUGGAUCUCAGAGGCAACAUUUUUGGAUCGCAUCACUUCAGUCCGGAGAACUGCAGGUUCCGCCAGUGGACUCUGGAGAAUGGCUACGACGUCUACCUGUCACCGCAGCAUCACUACCUAGUGAGCCUGAGCCGCGCCAAGCGCCCCUUCCAGCCUGGUACCAACCCGCCGCCCUUCUCGCAGUUCCUGGCGCGCAGGAACGAGGUCCCCCUGCUGCGUUUCCACACCGCGCGACCACGACGCCACACCCGUAGCGCCGAGGACCCUCCCGAGCGCGACCCGCUGAACGUGCUCAAGCCGCGGCCCCGUGCCACGCCGAUGCCCGUUUCCUGCUCGCGAGAGCUGCAGAGCGCCGAGGAAGGCGGACCCGCGGCCAGUGACCCACUGGGCGUACUGCGCAGAGGCCGCGGGGAUCCUCGCGGGGGUGCAGGAGGCGCGGACCGCUGCCGCCCCUUUCCCAGGUUCGCCUAGGCCACCAGCCAGGCGGUCUCAGCCUCCAUCCUCCAAUCGGCUCAGCCCACGUGCAAGGUGGAAGGCUGGGGUGCCUGCUUCUCUCCCUUCCCUUUGGGCCUGAGAGUCACCUGCGAGGUCCCAGCCAGGCACUACCAUUAGGAAUAAGACCCAACAGUAGGAGGCUGGAGAGAUGGCUCAGAGUUUAAGAGCCUGUGCUGCUCACACAGAGGACAGUUCUCAGCACCCACAACUACCUGUAACCAGCUCCAAGGGAAUCUGAUGCUUCUAGCCUGCCUGGACACCUGCACUCACACGCACAAUACCCCCCACCACACACACGUAAUUUAUUAUGUUAAUCUGUUAUAAAUACCCCAUCAGGUAAACUAGACACCUAGCUUUUUAUUUUUUUUUUAAACUAACAGGUAAACUUGGCUUUUAUUAGCCUGUCUGUUGCCUAGCAUUCUCAUCGGUCAAUUAGAAUUAAGAAAUGGUGGUCCAGGGUUCACACCUUGAGCACAGGGAAGAGGCUAUCGCUGUAGCUUUUUGUUACUGUGCUGGGGACCCAUAUGGGUUUUUGCGUUUGAGCACCUUAAUGGCUUCACUGGGCAAGCUGAAGAAAGAAAACCCUGAUUUCUUCUUGCUGGAAGGUCGGCAGGAGGCUAACAAGGAGAGCCAAACACACGGUGACCAGAAGCACGUUCCACAAAGUUCAGCCUCUCUGCCAGAUUCGCAGAACUAGCUCUGACCCUGCUCUGUUCCCAGCACUCUGAGCAGGACGUCGUUUUCUGCCACCCUGGUUUAGGAAUGUCCACCUUGCCAGGUGUUCUGCAAAACGCAAAUGCACGAACUCUCUGUAACGGCGUUUUCGUGAAAGCCUCCGCCAGCAGGUUGAGUUGUGAUAUGUUCUAGGCGAAUUGGGAAAUGUACCAGGACAGGAGGAAGAGUCUUUGAGAUGCGGGCUGCUCUAGAUUAGGUUUUCUGUGGACUGAAAAACAAACAAGCAAACAAAAGUCUUUUCUUUUCCCCCUCCUAAGUGUAAAGGGAUCCCAGGGUCUAGCUAGCAGGAGAGGUCUCUAGCAGGGGCUAAUCCAGAAAUGAAGGCUACUCUUGGGAACUCUUAGGGCAUUAAAUAAACACAUUUUUCAGAAGUAUCAGAAACCCCAGGGCUGUCCUGGGGCGAGCAUAGCCCCAGUGAACAGCCAGAAAGUGUUAGGCAGGCUUUGAAAUUCUACUCUCUUUUGAGCCUUAACUGGUGAUAGACUUCAACAAAGGGCACCCUCUUUCUACCUCUAUUCAAAUGAGCACCUGAAGAGUAGAACAGUAGCAAAGCCGAUUCGGACGCAUUUUCCAGGGUCUCCACGUACACAGACUCAGAAGUGAAUCCAUUGUUUCUGUUUAUCAGAGGAACAUCAGGCAACGUGAAGGAUGAACCAACUCUCACCCCGAAACAUUAAAUCGUGCAUGGCAGUAGAUACCAUGCACCCCAUCCCUUUUCUUCACUGACUUCCAUCUCCUGUUGCGAGCAUCGUUCUGUCCAAUAGCCACCGGAGGCCCUCCCACUGAGGCAACUACAUGGGAAAAACCCAGAAAGAACUUGAGCAGCCAACUGGUUGUAAACGCACUAGCCCAGCACCAUGGGGCUUUCUUUAUGGCAGACCCAAGGCAACCUUGUAAUUUCUUAGGUCCCUUUGCAUGUGGCAAUAUUUAUUUAUUUAUUUGGAAGACUUUGCCUAUCACUCUAUAUUUAUAGUUAUUUAUAAAAUGUAA